AUGCGUUUCCUAUCCGUGACUCUCCUCUCCCUGCUCUCGCUGACAGCGAGCGUCACCGCCGAGCUGCAGAUCGAAACCACCCACGCAGUCGAGUGCACGCGCAAGACCACCAACGGCGAUACCGUCCACAUGCACUACCGGGGCACAUUGGCGUCUGACGGCAGCGAGUUUGAUUCGAGCUUCAAGCGGAACGCGCCUUUGAAGUUCAAGCUUGGAACGGGCAGAGUGAUCAAGGGAUGGGACCAAGGUCUUCUCGACAUGUGCAUUGGCGAAAAGCGCACCUUGACUAUCCCGCCUGAACUUGGAUACGGGGAGCGAAGCAUGGGCCCGAUUCCCGCCGGGUCGACCUUGAUUUUUGAGACCGAGUUGGUGGGCAUUGAUGGCGUGAAGAAGGAUGAACUUUGA